CUGGAUCUCUCUCUCUCUCUCUCUCCAUACCAUGACUGCUCAAGUUUUGCCUGAAAAGUUCGUCCAAGAAAUCAGUCUGAUGCUGGGAAAUGAGAAUAGUACUCCUUGCCCCAGAAGGUUGGAAGGGAAAAUAGCAAUUGUAACCGGUGGAGCAAAAGGAAUUGGAGAGGCCACGGUUCGACUCUUUGCGAGGCAUGGGGCGAAGGUUGUCAUCGCCGAUAUUGAGGAUCUUCUCGGGAACGCGCUCGCCAACUCACUAUCUCCUUCUGUUACCUUCGUCCGCUGCGACGUUAGCUUGGAAGAGGAUGUCGAGAACUUGGUGAACUCCACGGUCUCCCGCUACGGACGCCUCGACAUCAUGUUCAACAAUGCCGGGUUGCUUGGGAACCAAUCGAAGCACAAAAGCAUCAUCGAUUUCGAUGUGGGGGAGUUUGAACGCGUGAUGAACGUCAACGUGAGAGGCUCGGCGCUCGGGAUAAAGCACGCGGCCCGCGUCAUGGCGCCGAGGAGGAGCGGGUGCAUAAUCUCCACGGCGAGCGUGGCCGGGGUCAUGGGAGGGCUCGGCCCUCAUGCUUACACGGCUUCGAAGCAUGCCAUCGUGGGGCUCACCAAGAACGCCGCGUGCGAGCUCGGCAGGUAUGGGGUCAGGGUCAACUGCAUAUCGCCAUUCGGCGUGGCGACGUCGAUGCUUGUCGAUGCGUGGAGGAGCGGCAACGAGGAAGAGGAAGAUGAGGGCAUGAGCUUUGGGGUCCCCAGCGAGAGAGAGGUGGAGAAGAUGGAGGUGUUUGUGAGAGGACUUGCCAGCUUGAAAGGAGCAACACUAAGGGCUAAGGACAUUGCUGAGGCUGCUUUGUACCUUGCAAGUGAUGAGUCCAAGUAUGUUAGUGGGCACAACCUUGUUGUGGAUGGUGGGAUAACAACCUCAAGAAAUUGUGUUGGUCUGUAGAAAGUAUCUCUUCCCCUUCAGGAUUCUCAGCUUUGCUAUGGAGCUUUUCUCAGUGUUCACUUGUUUUUUUUUUAAUAAAUAGUUAGUAGCAUUCUUUUAAUUGGCUCACUAAGGGAGAUCUAUUUCUAAUUAUAUCCCUUUAAUAUCCUUCUUAAAUGUUUGUUAAUGAAUUAUGAUUUGGGGAAAUCAAUAUUGUUUG